AUGGCGCGCCCUCGCAAGGACGUCAAGUUCCAGCAUCAAACGCGCAGUGCCAGCAAUGGACGGGCUCGUAGGCCCUCGCAGUCUCUGUCCGAGUUCAGCGACCCCGGAAGCCCAACCACCAUCAAGGAGGAAGCGGCUCCCCCAGCCCCCGAACAACCCCCUCAAACAGAGUACGAGAAGAAAAAGGCAAACUUCAUCACCCGCACAAUAUGGACCCUCGUCAUGAUUGCCGCCUUCUUCUGGGCUCUCGGCGCUGGCCACCUCUUCAUAAUUAUCAUGGUCACCGCCGUCCAAUGCAUAUCCUUCAAGGAGGUCAUUGCAAUCGCAAACGUGCCCAGCAAGGCCCGCAGCCUGCGCUUCACAAAGUCGCUCAAUUGGUACUUUCUCGGCACCGCAAUGUACUUUUUGUACGGCGAGAGCGUCAUCUACUACUUCAAGCAUAUUUUGAUGGUUGACCGGCUGCUGCUUCCUCUGGCUACCCACCACCGCUUCAUCUCCUUUAUGCUCUACAUUAUUGGCUUCAUAUUUUUCGUCUUCUCCCUCCAGAAAGGCCACUACAAGUUCCAGUUCACCCAAUUUGCAUGGUCACACAUGGCUCUGUUCCUCAUUGUCGGACAAGCUCACUUUGUUAUCAACAACAUUUUCGAAGGCUUCAUCUGGUUCAUCCUCCCCGUGUCCAUGGUCAUCACAAACGACAUAUUUGCCUAUCUCUGCGGAAUUACGUUUGGCAGGACUCCAUUGAUCCAAAUCUCGCCCAAGAAGACAUGGGAGGGAUUCCUGGGUGCCUGGUUCUUUACCGUCCUCUGGGGUGUCGCCGUCACUCAUUUUGUCUCCCAAUACAAGUACUUCAUUUGCCCUGUCAACGACUUGGGCGCAAACAUCUGGUCUGGACUCGAGUGCAGACCCAAUCCCGUCUUUGUUGCGCGCGACUACACAAUUCCCUUCCUUCCCGAGGGUAUUCCGUUCCCCCGCACCUUCAACAUCAUGCCCGUUCAGUUCCACGUCAUCAUGCUAGGAACCUUUGCCUCGCUCAUUGCACCAUUCGGCGGCUUCUUCGCCUCUGGCUUGAAGCGAACAUUCAAAAUCAAGGACUUUGGUGAUUCCAUUCCCGGACAUGGCGGCAUGACGGACCGCAUGGAUUGUCAGUUCAUCAUGGGGUCCAUUGCAUUCUUCUACUACUCGAGUUUUAUUGCUGUCCACCACACGACAGUCGGUGGUGUGAUCGAGUCUGCCAUUACCGGACUUACCUACGAAGAGCAGAUGGAAGUUGUCAAGAUCUUGAGCAAGCACCUAGUGAACCAGGACAUAAUAUCACCAAAGGUGCUUGAACUUCUCUCUGAGCAAAUGGUGCGGAGAUGA